AUGGAGGCGUCGCAAGGAGGAGGAUCGGAGAGAGAGAUUUCGAACUCUUCGUCGUCUUCCACUCCGGUUCCUGCCGUCGCUACUUUCUGGAAAGAUUUUGAUUUAGAGAAAGAGCGGAGCAUCCUGGACGAACAAGGGCUUAGGAUUGCAGAAAACCAGGAAAACAGUCAGAAAAAUCGCCGGAAGCUUGCAGAAAGCACUAGAGACUUCAAGAAGGCUGCAAAUGAAGAAAAGUUGAGCAUGUUCAACUCAUUACUUAAGGGUUACCAAGAAGAGGUUGAUAAUCUUACGAAGAGAGCAAAAUUUGGAGAAAAUGCUUUUCUUAACAUUUACCAGAAACUUUACGAAGCUCCAGACCCUUAUCCAGUUCUUGCUUCAAUUGCAGAGAAGGAUUCCAAAUUGUCUGAAUUAGAGUCCGAGAACCGAAAGAUGAAGGUUGAGCUUGAGGAGUUCCGCACAGAGGCAACUCAUCUGAAAAAUCAACAGGCAACAAUAAGAAGACUUGAAGAGCGGUGCCGUCAGUUGGAACAACAGAUGGAGGAAAAAGUGAAAGAAAUUUUGGAGAUUAAGCAACGCAAUUUAGCGGAGGAGAACCAGAAAACGAUGGAGGUUCUAAAAGAAAGGGAGCGGAUGUUGCAAGAUCAAUUACGCCAAGCUCAAGAAAGUGUUUCUGCCAUGCAAAAACUACAUGAACUUGCCCAGAACCAGAUGUUUGAGCUUCGUGCCCAAUCAGAGGAGGAGAGAGCAACAAAGCAAUCAGAGGUGAAUCUUUUAAUGGAUGAAGUUGAACGUGCUCAAACUCUUCUUCUAAGUCUUGAGAGGGAGAAGGGUCUUUUGCGUUCCCAGUUACAAUCAGUGAAUGAAGAGAAUGGACAUAAAAGUGAUAGCUUGGAUUCCAAUACCGUCCUCGAGAAUUCUCUGAGUGCAAAGGAAAAGAUGAUAUCUGAAUUGAAUAUGGAACUUCAUAACAUAGAAACCACCUUACUGAAUGAGCGGGAAAAUCAUAUGAAUGAGAUGAAGAAGUUUAAAGCUAUGCUCAAUGAGAAGGAAGUCGAGCUUGAUGAGAUGAAGAAAGAGCUUCAGUCAAGGCCAACGGAAAAAUUAAUUGACGAUUUGCGAAAGAAAAUAAAAAUUUUGCAGGCAGUGGGCUAUAAUUCAAUUGAGGCUGAAGACUGGGAAGUAGCUACUAGUGGGGAAGAGAUGAGCAAACUAGAGACUUUACUUCUUGACAAGAACCGAAAAAUGGAGCAUGAAUUGACACAAUUGAAGGUUAAACUCUCUGAAAAGACAUCUUCUCUUGAAGCAGCCGAAUUCAAGAUCAGAGAACUAACAGCAAAGAUCAGUGAUCAACAGAAGCUAAUACAGAAGCUUGAAGAUGACAUACAAAAGGGUUACAGUUCAAAAGAUAAAAAGGGCACUCUCUUUGAUGAUUGGGACCUGUCAGAGUCUGGAGGCUCAGAGCAACCCGAGAAUGCAGAACAAAAACAUGCUAUUUCAGAUCAAGAUCAGAGCUCUAUGCUGAGAGUGAUUUGCAAUCAACGAGAUCGUUUUCGGGCACGCUUGCGGGAGACUGAAGAGGAAAUAAGACAUCUGAAGGAGAAGAUUGGACUGCUGACCUCUGAACUUGAGAAAACAAAAGCAGAUAAUGUCAAACUCUAUGGAAAAAUUCGCUAUGUUCAGGAUUACAAUUCUGAAAAAGUAAUCUCCAGAGGAUCAAAGAAGUUUGCGGAGGACAUGGAAAGUGGUUUUAGCUCUGAUGUGGAAUCCAAGUAUAAGAAAAUAUACGAGGAUGAUAUUAAUCCCUUUGCAGCAUUUUCAAAGAAGGAAAGAGAUCAAAGGUACAAGGAACUGGGAUUGAGGGAUAAAAUUACCCUCAGCAGUGGGCGGUUUCUUCUUGGUAACAAGUAUGCUAGAACUUUUGCGUUUUUCUAUACCAUUGGAUUGCACAUUUUAGUGUUCACCUGCCUCUACAGGAUGUCGGCUCUAAGCUACCUCAGCCAUGUACCCGAGGAAACCCUUCUUGGAGAUAAAACCGUCAAUCUUCCACAUCAAUAG